GUCCAAUGUUGCAGCCAACAACAUGCAGCAAACAGCAACAGCAGAGGCAGCAACCAGCAAUCGCAACAGCAGCAGUGGGUGGAGCAGCGGUCCAGGAGCUGCUUCGGAAAGCCGCAGCUAAAGAUCAUGGAGCCUUAGCAGCAGCAACUGCAACAGCAACAGCAGCAGCAGCAGCAACAACUGCAACAACUGCAACAGCAGCAACAGCAAGCCGCAACAGCAGCAACACUUGGUGCCACAGCGACGACAUGUUGUCCGCAGGCCGCAGCCGCAGCAGCAGCACAACGAUAGACUUCAACAGUCGCCGGCGGAGGGGGCGCCUACGAGGCCACGCCCCCUUUGACCUGGCAAUGAACAAGCAACACCAAGCUACGAUACUGGACGAGUGUGUAAAUAUUUUCAAGCGCUUAGUAUUAUUAACAUUAAAAACAAUAUCAGCAACAACAAUAACGAAAGCAAAGACAAGAAGCAGAACAGCAGCGCUACCAGCAACAUCUGCAGCAUCUGCAACAUCAUCUCGUGGUGCCUCCGCGGAGCAGUUGCUCCACCCAAGUAGCCGCAGCCGCUGCAGAAGUCGCCGCUGCCUCCGCCUGCCGAUCUACAGCAUCCUGCUGCUCUGCCUAACCACCCAGGGAUUGGGCCUCGGAGAUGCCGCCAAGCCCAAGUCGGCCAAGCAGCACUUCGGUGGCAGCAGCGGCAACAGCAACAGCCCAAAUCAGAACCAGAACCACAACGAUGUCCUGGGCGGAGUGGGCGCUCCAUCCCAAACGUCCGGCGAGGACGAGGCCGAGAUCAUGUACCCCUUCCAGUCCGGGGAGCAGAUGUUCGGCCUGGAGGAGGACCAGGAACAGGAUCCGGAGCUCAAUUCCAAUGCAGUGCCCGGCUCCGACGAGGAUAAUGCGGCCAAUCAACGUGGUAUCAAUGACACGCACAACGAUAACUCGACCACCACGAAAACGCCACUAUUCCCAAAAGAUCUAUUCACGAAAGAACAGCUUGAGAACGGCGCUGUCAUCCUGCACAUCAUUGGGGUGAUCUAUAUGUUUGUGGCGCUGGCCAUUGUCUGCGAUGAAUUCUUCGUGCCUUCCCUUGACGUAAUCAUUGAAAAGCUCGGCAUCACGGACGAUGUGGCCGGCGCGACGUUUAUGGCGGCGGGUGGCAGUGCCCCCGAGCUCUUCACCAGUGUGAUUGGCGUUUUCGUGUCGUUCGAUGAUGUGGGCAUUGGUACGAUCGUUGGCUCCGCCGUGUUCAACAUCCUGUUUGUGAUCGGGAUGUGCGCGCUCUUCUCCAAGACGGUCCUGUCGCUCACCUGGUGGCCUUUGUUCCGCGACUGCUCGUUCUACAGCAUCAGUUUGCUGGUGCUGAUCUACUUCUUCCGGGACAACCGCAUCUUCUGGUGGGAGGCCCUCAUCCUGUUCACCAUCUACAUCGGCUACGUGGCCUUCAUGAAGUGGAACGUCCAGGUGGAGACGUGCGUCAAGAAGAUGAUUACCAAAAACAAGGUGACUCGCGUCAGAAGUACAGAUCAACUUAUGCCAGCAGGUAAUGCGGCCAACUCCUCGGAAACAUCGAUGGCCACCCAGCCGGGCGGCUCCGUAACAUCGCGGGCGGCCAGCGAAACCCGCUCGGGUCCGCCCGGAUCGAGCAAUGCGGGCGCCACAGGUAAUAGCAGCGGCGGGGGCGGCACCUCGGGUAGUACUCAGACCGGUGCCAAGUUCCGCCACGGCCUGUUACAGCUAAUGAUACACACGAUAGAUCCACUACACGAUGGCAAAGUGGACGAGAAGGCGACGCAGCUGCACGCCAUCGCCUCGCUGAAGGUGUUGCUGGAUGCCACCAAACCACAGCGCGGUGGUGCCACCACCUCGGCGGCCAACCACGUCAAGAUCAACCUCAAGGAGACCACGCUCGCCGAUCGUCCCAAUGGGAACAUCGACACCACCCUCGACUCGCCAUCGUUGAGUGGUCGACGUCCUAGCUGGAUUGAGCAGAGGGUCAAAAUUCAGACACGCAAAUUUAGCAUCAAAGCACCCGAAAUCGAGGAUGAGCCGGAACCACUGAGCAUGGCCUGGCCGGACACGGCGCGGAAGCGGCUCACCUACGUCCUGGUGGCCCCGCUCCUGGUGCCCAUGUGGCUUACACUGCCCGACACGCGGACGCCGCGCGGCAAGCGCUUCUUUCCGGUCACCUUCAUUGGCUCCAUCGUGUGGAUAGCGGCCUUCUCCUACCUGAUGGUCUGGUGGGCCAACGUGGCCGGCGACACGGCGCGCAUUCCGCCCGAGGUCAUGGGUCUGACCUUCCUGGCGGCGGGCACCUCCAUUCCGGACUUGAUUACCUCGGUGAUUGUGGCACGCAAGGGAUUCGGCGACAUGGCCGUGUCCAGUUCGGUGGGCAGCAACAUAUUCGACGUGACCGUGGGACUGCCGAUACCGUGGCUGCUGUACGGCAUCAUCUAUGGGGCGCCCGUCGAGGUGAACUCGGUGGGCAUGGUCUGCUCCAUAACCAUCCUGUUUAUGAUGCUGGUGUUCGUGGUGAUGUCGAUCGCCUGCUUCCGCUGGCGCAUGAACAAGGGGUUGGGCUUCACCAUGUUUCUGUUGUAUUUUGCCUUUGUCGCCGUGUCGCUGAUGUUCGAAUACGACGUGAUCACGUGCCCCUUUUAAACAAGGGGCAGGGGCAAAGACAAAAGCGGGCAAUAGUUACCGAGUUACCCGGCUGUCGCGCCAUCGAGCUACCGAGCCAGCAAGGAUACCUGCCAAGGAUAUCUGGAUGCCGCCGAGGACGAGACGAGGACCCCCGUCAGCCUCACACCCAAUUAGCUAAAUUAUAUACAAGCAAAUUAAUGGAUGAUAAACAAAUUAAUUAACAGUGGACUAAAGCUAAAUAAUCGAAUUGUUAAACAGACAGACGAACAGACAUGCAGACAAACUCACUCACAGUACACACAAACCACAACACACACACACAUGUAAAAGCGAUACUGAAUUAACGAAAUCGAAAACUUAACGUUAACAAAAUGCGAGUUAGUUAGUGCCAGCGUUUCUUUUUCGAAAGACAUUUACUUUAAAGUGUUUAGCGCAGCUUUUUAACGCAAGCAGCCCCCUAUCCUAUCCUUAACUCUACGAAUCUUUGCUCCCAACUAUCGUAUCUAUCUGCGACCUAAUACCAAAACUAGCGAGAAGGAAACACGACAAUGGCUAAUGGCUUCCCAACCACUUACUAACUAUCUACCUAACGUUUGGGUUUUAACUACAAGCAUAAGAAACCAGCAUACCAGGCGUAUGUAUCAACAAAUAUAUAUGAAUAUCUCGGCACAAGGCACCUAUAUCCUAUAUACGGUAUGAUAUGAUAUGAUACGAUACGAUAAAGAAAAGCAGCCUCCAAAAUUUGUGUUGAGCUCUUUCGGUUCGAUCGAUCGAGCAGAAGCCUUUCAUUUGCGUGCUCUAACUAAGAUUUCUCCUAAAAGCUUUAUCCAGAGCCUAUCUAAACUCUAUCUAGUUUACGACUUAUACAUAAUACUUAUAUAUCCACUCACACGCACACUUACAUGGCAUACUAUAUAUUGACCUGUAUUGAUUAAGUGAUAAUUUGCGUACUUAUUGAGCAAGCAAGCAAGCGAACAAAUCGAAAACUCUCAAAGUUAGCUACAGUUGUGCUCGAAUUCAACGCUAAAUCGAAGCGAAUGUAGGGCUUUAAGCAAUUUGCUAACGAGCAUUUGCCACACAUCCAGACCAGAUCAUUAUGAUAUGAUUAUCGAUUACACUGAUUCCAGUCCGAUGCUAAUUCUAAUUCUAAUUCUAAUUCUAGUUAUGAUUAUGAUUCUAGUUCUGAUCCCGUUUCUAGUCCUAAUUCUAAUUCUGAUUCAUGUUGGCGUGUAGGAGGAGCAGAGUUUAAAUUUAACUUUAAAUUGAAGCCAUAUUUAUUAUAGACUACUUCAAAUCCAAAACCAAAACCAAAAACCAAAAGCCUAAGAUAAAAAACCAAAAAAAAAAAAGAAACUAAUUUCAUAUACUUUUUGCUUAAUGAAGUCCCCCAAGUACAUAUAUAUGAGCAUAUUAACGUAUUUAUAUAUAAACGACAUAUAAGACGAUAUUUAACGAAACAAAACAAAAUCAACUUGCUCUCUUUAUUUAGAAGGUACGUAACAUUUUUCUAAACUAAAACUAAAACCCUAAACUCGUAAAACCAAGUGGCCGCAAAACCGUUGAAAUGCAAAUGGAAAAGAAACCCAAAUAAUUUAACAUAAAACGCAUACAUAUAUACACCUUAAUAUAAACAUACUUAUAUAUAAAUAUAUAUAUAUUUUAUAUAUACCAGAAGAUAACUUACUAUAUAUAUAUGCAACUAUACUUAAGUAGGCAAUGUAUCUAACGGAUAUCCAGACGUUUGCAUAUGGCUCGCAGUCAAGUUAAGGAAGCGACAAGACAAGACAAGAUACAGAUACAAGAUACAGACACAGAUACAGAUACAAACACACACAAACACUCAGAACAGAAAGCAAUAAUUUUUAUUACCAGUGAACUUAGAGGAUUCAGCAGUGGCAUGGCACUAUAUGCAUACUCCUAUAUGUACGACAUGCGAAUCUCACUGCGAAAUUGCGAACAUCAAGACCCACAAGCAGUUGUAACGCAUCGGAAAUAAUUAUAUAUGCAUUCACAUUCGCUGAAUUAUAUGCUGUAUCUACUGAACAAUGCGAUGUGCACAUGCAAAUGCAGAAUGCCGAAUUAACGUAACUAAGUGGCUGCUCUUACACCCCAUGGGUGCAGUGCAUUCGAUUGCACACAGAUAUAAAUAUAAAUAAAUGAUAAUAUUAAAUAUGCAUGUAGGAUAUGGACAGGUCGGAGGUCACAGCAGAACAGCAGAACCGGAAGAGCGCAGGAGCGACGCGAUUGUCACAGGGAACGAGGUGGAGACAUUGUAUAAAACUCGAACGAGACUUACAUCACACCCUCUCCACAUAGAAGACACAACAUCCUUUCAUCAGCGAAAGAGUAACCCAGUACCAAUCCAGCGGAAAGUUGGCUGAGAACUUCUUAAGGGUCAUCUAAGACCUUGAAUACUUUUCAUUUACUCUAUAUCGGAUAAUUUGGAAAAUGUAUUUGUACCUACUACUUUGACUCUCAAUCUUUCAAUCUUACUACUUUCUAAGAAAAUGUACCCUUAGACGCCUAAUUUUCGUUGACUAUAUAUAAUUUUUAAAACUAUAUAUUGAAAUGCCCUAUUCUGUCCUAAUCACUUCGUAAACCUCCUACUUGUGUAUCUCAGCCACUCCAAGCAUUUCUCACUGUAGCUCUUAAUUCCAAAAGUGUCGACUUUAGUCCUUCUAUAUUGGAUAUAUGUAUCCCAACUAGCAAGCUCACUUCUCACGAGUAGAUUGCCUUGGUCGCCAGGCUUUAACAGAGACAACUUCCAAGAACAAACAACAAAUUAACUUAAACUUUUAUACAUGCUGUAUGUUAAACUAAAGACAACAAAGGAUAGCAGAAACUAAAUCGAAUAGAAAACCUUUAAAAAAAUAUCUUCCAAAUUAACUUUAAAACCAAGUCAUAUUUAUUAUAUAAAAUAAAAUACUUGAGAACGAAACACUCUCACACUUAACUACAUCUUAUUAGAACCUAACGAGAAAAUGGAAAAGCACACCCAGCAAUUACUUGUACUGAAAAUUUCCCUCACACACACACACCCCCACUCACAUCUGAGCUAUCACACCCAUACACGUGCAUUUAAACAUAUCGCGCCGAUUUUCUAUCUACAAAAGCCAAUAUUCCGAGAGGAAAACCGAACAGAAUUGAAAACUAAGAUAACACGAUUAUUCCCAGAAACUUCUUUCACUUCCAAAUGGAAGUUUAGAAAAUUUAUAAUACCCAAUAUAAACCACAAAAUCCCCAAUUCCCCUUCAUCCCUUCAUCAAAUCUUCAUCAAAAAGCGCACACACCACACAAAAUUGUCGAAUGGCGUUGAAGUCUCGCUUUAAAGCAACGUAAAUAAGAGGAAAUAUAUACAAGAAACAUAUAUAUUUAAAGAUAUAUAUAUAUGAAAUUGUUAUGGUUAUAGAUUUUUAACAAGUUGAAUAAUUGCGUAAAAGUAAAAGUGAAACAAAAACACAAAAAAAUUGUUGAAACAUUAGCAAAAGCGUUCAUAAAACAUAAACGAAGCGUAAGGAAGGUAAUAAUAAUAACGAUAAAACGAAACAGAACAAACCAAAUCGAAUCGAAAGAUAUAGUAAUGCUAUAUAUACUUUAUGAAAUAUUUAACUAUGAAAAUAAAAAUCAUUGUUUGAAAUUAAAGUGAAAAAAAGUAAACUUAAAAAAAGAACAAAAAAAAAAACAAAUUUUGUGUUUGCUAAUUUUGUGUCCACAAACAAAUUUUGAGUUUGCAGAAAAUCCAACCGUAAGUAUAUCCAAUUGAUUGUUUGUUUUAAACGUAAUUGGCAUGAUUAGAUGAUAUUCAAUGUUCGAUGUUUUCAAUAUCAAAUAAAAUUAGCAAACACAAGCACAGACCAUUCGGAUGCAUUUCUAGAGAUCUGAUCUGAUCUGGCCCAAUACUAAUCACGCCCUCGAGUCAAUCACCAAAUACAAUCGUCUUGAUCAGAAAAACCGAUAUACCACGUAACGUCUACGAGAAUAAACGAACGAGCACAUAAUCAUUGAUUUCAGCUUUAAAUAAUCUACGAACUAGACCUAAACCGUAUAUGGGACACUUGGAUAUUUAUUAACUUUUAUAUACGAGUAUAUGUACCAUAUAGCAUAUACAUACAUACCAGAUACCAUAUAGCGAAUAGAACAUAGCGGGUUUGUGCGAUCACACGCCCCAAAUGGAUUACUUUUUUAAUACUUAAUACGAUUACGAAAACAAAUAGAACACGUGAAAUGCAAUGUAUGCAAUACUUAUAUUCAAUUAUACAAUAUUUAGAGAACGUUUCAAGUUGCGUCCGUUGUUUAGGCAGAGAAUCACAGAAAACAAUAACUUUUCAGCGGCUUCGAUUUGAUUUCGAUUUGAUAUUUCGUUCGAUAUGCGGAAACCAAACGAUUACCAAUUAACGAUUAAACGAAAAUGCAAGCAUGAAGCAAAUAUAUGAUAUAUGUAUGAAUCCAGUAAAAAGUAAUAGUUAACAUAUUGGUAGACUAAUUUAAAGAUUUUAUAGCGUUUUCAAAUUUAUAAGUGUAUAAACCGGAUGCGUUUAUUAUUUGUAAUGCCAGCGAUCAGCCGACCGACAUCGGAUGUCAGCAGAUAUAGCGCGUGAACAUAUAGCCGUCGUGUGUAAUACAAUUAUCAUUACCCACCAAAAUACGUAUAUUUUCCGUUGUUGAGUUUCGAUCGUUGUAAUUUUGAAUUUUACCUUACAAAUGUGUAUUUUUUCGGGACAAACACAAGCGGACCGAUCGAUACGAUACUGGCAUGUAAUUAGUGCAGACGGGUGUGUAAUUUUAAUAGCGAACAAUGAGAGUAUUAUAAUAACAGACAUUAAUUUUAACAACUGAUACGCUUCUAGCACAUAAGAUUGUACAAAUGAUUUAUAUGAAUAAUACGAUAAACCAUGAAAGAAAAACAGAAAACGAGAGCUAAAGUCAGUUUAGUUCAGAUAUUCAGUUCAGUUCAGUCUAAAAAUAUAAUUGAAACCCACUUCUUACUCAUCAAAUGAGUAGAUUCCCCCACACCCAAAGAUUCCAAUACCAUGCUGAACUCACUUUAUCUCUGUAACGAACCAUACAUAGAGAGCUCGAACGAUAAAUACUUACAAAUGUAUGUAUGGUGUAAUACAUCGAGUUAUUUACUUUAUACAAGUACGUCUAGUUAACGACAUUUAGAUUUUAUACAAAACACACCCAGAAACACGCAGUCAUUCGAUUCCCGACUCCAGCAACCGAACCAAAUUCACCAGUAUACCGUAUACCCAUCAGUUAAUGGAGAUCAUCAAAAUCGAGCAUGGAGAGAAGGCAAAUCAAAUAUAUAGUCAAUUUCUAACGAUACAUGCAAACAUAUAUGGCUGGCACUCAAGAUAUACAUACAUAUAUAUAAACCAAACGUAUAUGAAGUUAUAUAAAGCAUUUUAAGGAUCGUAAACUGGAGAAGUCGCAGAGUAGAGCGGGGCGAAUGCCCCAAAAACCUUAUGUAAAUCAAAACGAAGCUAUAGCGAAUAAACCGAAAUGUUAACUAGUUAUUUAGGUGAAAUAUACAACAAACCACACUCAGAUGCAGGAUGCGAGAUGCAGAUGCAAAUGCAGAUACAGAUACAUUUACAUCGAACCGUUAACAAGGCUUUGAAAGCUCAGAAGAAUCACUCAAGCAGACACUCAAGAACACGACACAAGGACACGAAUGUUCAAAAAAAAGCAGAGUUGUAGAAGAGCCGCCGCAAACGAGAAAGGGCCGUUUAAUAAACUUUUGUUAUCAAGCAAGACAGCAUAACGAAAUGCGACUGCAGUAAGCACGUGGCGAAAACAAAAACGAAGUUAAUGUUCAAACUAACUAAUAUAUAACGAAUAUUAUAUAAUACAACAAACUUAGACUGUAUGUUAUUUUCUCAAUACAAUACCUAUAAAAAACAAUAAAAACAGAUUCAAUAAAAUGAGUUAUCCAAUGGCA